AUGGUGCUAAACACAUUGUGGACACAAAUUGAAGUGGUCGAUAUAAUCAACGACGGGUCCGGACUUGGCUUUGGCAUUAGUGGUAAUCAAUCAACGGGUGUUGUUGUCAAAGCAAUUGUACCUGGUUCGAUUGCCGAUAAGGAUGGUCGUAUACAUACGGGUGAUCAUUUAUUUCAAAUAAAUCAUGUUUAUGUACGUGGUAUGAAUUCGGAACAAGUAGCUGGUAUACUUCGACAAUGUUCAGAACAGGUUCGUCUUGUUGUUGCAAGAAAUAUACGUGAACCAACGACAACAAUAAAUACUACACCAUCAUUAUCUCAAAAUCCUUCAUUAAUAUCGGAAAACUUUAUUCGUACAAGAGAUUCAUCAUCAUCAAUGAUUACUGAUAAUGAUGGAAUUAUUAAUAAUUCACAAAAUAAAAUUCUUCUUCGUACUGAACGUUUACUUGAAAGCACUCAUAAUUUAGAAAAAAUUCUUAAUAAUCUUGUUGAUCAGUGUCAAUGCGAAGAUGGAACAGAAGUAUUGGACGUUACACUUGAAAAAGGUGAUGAUGGCUUAGGUAUAACUGUUGCUGGUUAUGUCAGUCCUGAUUCAACUAAUGAUGAAAAUUUUCGCUUCUACAUUAAAGUACGUACAGCGCUUAAUGCUGAAGCAACAACUACUCACGACGAGCUAUGCAUUGUUUUCGGCGAUGAACCUCCUUCUUAUCGAACAAUUGCAAGAUGGGCUCAAUGGUUUCGUGAAAGUCGAGAAGAAGUUGAAGAUGAAGAACGAUCCGAAAGACCUGUAACUGAGAGUACUCUUGAAAAUAUUGGAGAAAUUCGUAGUAUUGUUAGUGAUGUUCCUCAUGCUACAAUAGCAGGAUUACAAGAGCAUACUGAUCUAAGUUAUGACACCGUUCAUAGAAUAUUAUCUGAUCAUCUGGAGCUUAGAAAAACUACUGCUCGUUACAUACCGAAACAGCUAACGGAUUAUCAAGGGAGUGAACGAGUUCGAAUAUGCAAAGAAAAUCUGUCAAGAUUUACAGAAGGAAGAUAG